AUGUUUUAUGAUCCAGAGUUUGGGUUCACCCAAUGUGAACCAAAGAAUCAAGAAGUUAAUAAUAACCAUAGUAAGUUUGAUGUCAACAGGUCAGAUGGGAAUGAUGUCCACAAUAAUUGUGGCAGUAAUAAUAAUAAUAAAAAAUGUAAAUUUGAUGUCAGUGGUAAAGGCAAACUUGAUGAUGGUCAUGAGGAGGAAGAAAGAAAUAAAUGUAAAUUUAAUGUCACUGGUACAGAUGGCAGUGUAGAUGAUGAAGAAAAAGUAACUAAUAAUAGUAAUAUUGGUGUGGUAGAUGAUGAGGAAGAGGAGGUUAAUGGUAAUGAUGGUGGGACAGAUGGCAGUGCAGAAGAUGAAGUGAAGAAAUUGAAUAAUAAUAAUGUCGGUGGCAAUGUAGAUGAAGAAAAUGUGAUGAAGAAAAUUGAUAAUGACAGGGAUGGUGUAAUGAAAUGUGAUGUGGGUAGAUCAGAUAAAGACGAAAUACUUAGCAAUUGUAAUGUUAGGAUGGUGAAAACUGUCGGUAGACAAGCAGUGGAAAAAGACAACAAAGAUAACAAUAGUAACGUUGGUGUAGUAAUAGAGCCGGAGGAAGGCCUGUCGGAAGACUGUUUCGCUUCAGAAUCUGAAAACCAAGUUCGCCACGCAAUGCUAAAGUGCGGACUUUUGAAUGUAAGAUCGGCUGUAAACAAAGCACCAUUGCUUAAUGAUGUUAUACAGGCAAAUAACUUAAAUGUUUUCAUCAUCACGGAAACAUGGGUACCUUCCGACGCUCCAAAUGCCAUAAAAUAUUGUUUGGCCCCAGAGGGGUAUUCCAUCUUGCAGAGUCAUCGUGGCUCAUCACAAGGCAAACGUGGAGGGGUUGGGAAAAAAUCUGAACACAUUACAUUAAAAGCUAACAAAAUUUACCUUUACCUCGGCAUUGUUGCUGAAUGUGCAAAAGAUGAGGUAAUUGAAAAAGUAAAAUCUAACAAUAUUAAUGUACUGUCAUGCGACCCAGUUUUCGAGAAAGAUCAGAACGAAGUGAAAAAUUAG